GUCAUUACAUUACCACUCACUGCCAGAGCCCGACCGUGGUUUCCAGGGAAACAGGAAAAUGUGAAGCUUUUCAAUAGACACAGCCACAGCUUUAAAGAGCGAGGAUUGCCUAAGAUAGAUUCUUCUAGAGACAAACCUGUAGCCGCUGCAAUCACUAUCAAUCAACAGGGGAGACAUUCGGACAGAUGUAGGUCUCGAUCGACGGUGAGAUUUUUGCGGUGUUUGACCCAAAUGUGAGAGAGAGAGUUAUGGAAAGACUUCAGUCUGACUUGGACUGCUGAGGUACUUCCACCACUUAAAUGCAAAGACAAAAUGGGAAGUCUGAAAGACGAGAUGAGAGGUCUCAGAGAGGACCACAAGCCUUGUGAGAAGACGGAUGAUGGAGAGCGUCCAGGCGGCUCAGAUGGCAGCGCUGAGCCCGAGGGACCUCAGAUAAACACGAGUCAAGAGUCAACAACACAAGGGGACUAUCAGCCAAAACAUCACACGAAUGCCAGCUACGUUGAAGAGGGAGACGAGAAUGCAAAAUCUAAAGAUCAAGCACUUUCAGGAGGCGGUUGUGUAAAAGACUCUACGCAGACUGAUGCCAUUUCUCUGACACAACAGCCUGAAGAUGAUGAAACAACAGCAGCCACACACAACGAUGCGACAAUCUCUAAUGAGCUCCUGAGUGGUGGAGAUGGAGAUGGUGAAAUUCAGGAGGAGAUGUCUCAGGAUAAAACCACAGAAAAAGACGCAGACAUUGAAAAUAUAUAUGUGCCUGUGCCAGCAACCCCAGGCCCCUCAGACCCACGAACCCCAGCUCCUGCCGGCCAGCAACACAUGCACACACAGGUCAGCCUGGAGGUGGUCCAGUGUCACUCGGCGGCCACCAGCCCCAUGACGCCCCCUGAGGGCGGCCAUUCCUUCUUCUUCCCGAGCUCUUUUGGGAAGUCUGGAGCUGUGGGCGCUGACACUAAAGAUGCUGAGCUACAGGUGGGUCAGCAGGUGGAGUUCUGCUCUGUGGCCACAUCCCCCAUGACCCCAAAGACGCCCUCGACCACAGCUUUCCCAGUGCUCAUCGGGAGGGAGACGGUGCAGAAGGAGGAGAAAGUGAAAAAGAGUGAGGAGCAUGGGGAGAGUGGCCAACAGGAGAGUUCCCCCGCAACACAAAGUCUGGAAGAGUCAGAGAAAGCUGGAACUUUGAAAUUUGCCACAUCAAAGGAGCCAAGCGAGGGCCUCAGCUCGAAUGCAUCUCCAGAGAGCUCCACCAGCUGCCCUGCUGCCGGGUUAAUAGUUUCUCAAGUAACUCUGGAGGAUAGUAAUCAGCUGAGUAAGCAGCAGAGGAUGGGCAGUAUGGAUCAAGACAUUACAAUCCUGGUGACCCACUAUAGCAACAAUGAUGAGGAAGAGGAAGAGAAGGCUGAGUCAUCUCUUUUUACCAUCGAGCGAGAGAUGGUCAAAAUAGAUGAAUAUGAGGAACCCGGAGAGAAAGACAAUGAUGUAAAGAAGGAGGAUGGAAAGGAAAAUGUCUUCACAGAACCUGCUGCCCCUGAUGUACAGGACACCUCAAGCACAAACCUGCCACAAAAUGAAACCGUAGAAUCCUCUGUGUCCGCAUGUGACGAACCAAAAACAGACGUUAAGUCUGCAAAUUCAGAAGAGAAAGAAAAUGAAGGUGCACGUGAGUUGAGAGACGUGACAAAGCCUCCUGUCCCUGAAUCUCCAGCUCCCUUCGGCUGCCACAACAUCCGCACCCAGGUGAGCCUGGAGGUGGUGCAGUGUCAGUCUGCGGCUACCAGCCCCAUGACCCCUCCUGAGGGGGACCACGCCUUCUACUUCCCCAGCUCUUUAGGGAGAUGUGAAGGUGUAGGCACAGAGACUAAAGAUGCUGAGCUGCAGGUGGGUCAACAGGUGGAGUUUCGCUCUGUCGCCACAGCACCUAUGACCCCAAGAACGCCCACCGUCACGACUUUUCCUGACAUCAAGAACGAUGCAAGCAUAGAGGAGAAGAUAGUGGAGGAGGAGGAGGAGGAGCAGGAGCAGGAGCAGGAGGAGGAAGAGGAUACAAAGGAGCAGGUGGUGGAGGACAAAGAGAAGGAGAAAGAAACCGAAGAGAAAAAGGUGGAAGCAGCUGAAGAGGACACAAAGGAGGCAGUAAAUUGCAAGGAGAAAUGUGAGGAGCCGGUGCAGGAGGUCAACUGGGAUGAAAAGGGAAUGACGUGGGAGGUGUAUGGGGCAGUGGUGGAGGUAGCUGUGCUGGGCUCAGCCAUCCAGAAACACCUGGAGAAACAGGUGAAGAAGCAGAAGCAGCCCUCCAUGCCUCCACCUCCGCCGCUCAACCCCUCAGCCAUGCCCCUCUCGUCAGAGUCCAUCCAGGGGGGUUCGGGCUCUGGUUCAGGUUCGGGUAAGGGCCGGGCGGGAAAGAGGGGAGACCGGGAUGGGGAGGUGAGCCGACGCAGAAGAAACCCCUUCCGUCAGCUGAUGGAGAACAUGCAGCAGCCACAUUGUUGCUCCAAAGCUCACACCGCAGAGUGACACAAGAGUCCUGUUGAGAAAACAACAGCUGAUUGGAGGAAGAAAAAAACCCGUGGUGUAAGAAAUCACAGGAUAUACGUGUCUGUGAUACACUGAUUUACUUCAACGUGACAUUGUCGUGAAAGUGUGAGAAGAAAAUCAGCUCCUCACAUGGGACAGGAAAAGCACAAAAGCAUUUAACUUUCUAUCACAGAGCAUCGAGAACCAGCCAUACUAAAUGGAGUUUCCUUUUUUUGCUUUUUUUUUUCCUUGGACUUCCGUAUUUCCAUGUUUGGAAAAUGAGGGUGAUAUAUGCCAUCGUUAGCUCUUCUCCUUUAAUGUUUUUCACUCAGACCAUUCAGUUGUCCGCUGAGUCAUGUCGCUGUUGAUGCAUUUUCUAAUGCACCUCAGAAAAUACGAAGCCAUGCCAGCCCUUCUCCUGGUCGCUUACAGGCUUCAGUGGAGAGACACGAUGAUAGUAGAGUGACUCACAGUUUUUGAUUGAAAUUUAUGGCCUCAUGGUCAGUCACUACAACCUGAGGUUCAUUUUGUUUCCAGAGUACGGAAGUUAGAGUUGAUCGUAAUGGUGAAUUGAUCUGUGUGAGAGGAGUCCCUACCCCUAGUGCAGGCUUUUGUACGUCUUAUACUCUGCUUUUAGAUUUGCCACAUUUUGACUUGUUUGUAUCGUGAAAAGUAUAAAAAUGUACAGAUGACGAGGACAAUCGACACCUGAUAUGAGGGUAUUUUUAAUCAUUACUACUUAGUGUAUUUUAAUGCCAUGAUUAGUG